AUGUUUUGCAGUUUUUGCAGCUUUUGCUCUUUUUUGCUUUUUGCACUGUGGAGCCUCAGUCAGCCCAGCUUGCAGAUUUCACGACCCAGCAAGACCGGGAGCCAUCUGGACCCCAAUGUGAAGGACUGGGGAGACUAUUCGGACCUUCCCCCCGGAAUGGAGCUUGGCUUGCAUGAGAACGGACAGCGUCGCGGCGAAGCUGGAGAGUUUGGACCGGAGUUGGAUUUUCUUUCGGAUUUUGCAGGUAAAAAGCGUCUGUGGGUGAUAGCAGCCCCCUCCCACAACGACCACUACCUCCGUAUGAUGGAGAAGCAGCUGGAGGACGCGGAUCAGAAAUCCCUGAACUGCCGUCUGGCAGAACGAGACACGGUCAUCGUCACCGUCAUCCAGAACGCCAUGAUGGAAGGCCGCAUCCAGAGCACCAGCGUACAAGGAGACGCCACUGUGGAGAGCUUGGACCCUGACACUGUCACCAAACUGCUGCACUACCUGGAACUCACACAGGAGCAAACCUUCAACAUGUUGGUGCUGAAAAAAAACCUGAGAGUCAGCGAGCGCUUCCCCUACCCGGUGCGCGUGGAGGCCAUCUUGGAGAUGAUCGAUCAGUUCCCCAUGAGGAAGCUGGAGAAGAUCACCAGAAAGGGCUCCAACUUAAGGUGCCACAGCGCCAAGAAGAAGGUUGUGCGGACAAGGAAGAAGAGCAAGAAGAAGAUCGUCCUCGGUCCUCACAGGCACAGCAACGUCAGCCGGAUGGCGGCGUUGCAGAGGAAAGCCGCCCUGAAGAGGAAGGUCCAAGACAUCCUCAACGGGAGGUCCAGGUUUGUCAUCCGUAAGGCGCCCGCCCCCAGGAGGGCACCCGGCAGUGGCGGCAAACAGGAAGAGGACAAAGAGAAGGGGCACCCGCCUCCGCACGUGUCGGCCGGAAAAGAGGAAGUGAACAAGCAAAGGCCGGACGCCACCCCGGAUGGGGGGCCGAGGAUGCCCUCUGAGGAGAGCAUUCAUGUCAAAGAGGACAAAAGCAGGGAAAAGAAGAAGGACAAAGGGAAGAAAGGGAAGAAAGGGAAGAAAGGAAGAGGAAAGAAGUCCAACAAAGAAGUUAGCGAGAAGGACAGAAGUGCCUUGAAGGACUUUCUGGAGCAUUUGAAGGGGAAAAGACGGUUGAUGCUGAUGUCCACCCCCGGCAGAGACGGCAAGCUGUACUUGGAGCAGCUGGCCCAGAACGACAAACAGCGCUGCCAGCUUGCCGCCAGGAAGGUCACCGUGGCAGCCAUCGUGGGCCAAGGCGCCGACGCCACGCUCACGCUGCAGCACCACCAACUCGAGUCGGAGCCUGCGUUCGAUUCGCUGGUGAGUCGGCAGCUGUCAGAUUCGGACCUGACGCCGCUGCUGAGAUCCGAGCUGGGUUUGUCUUCCCCCGACCUUUUCUCCAUGACCAUCACCGACUACGACAUCAAGCCCCAGAGAGUCUUUGAAGCCCCGCUAUCCAGCACGGCCAUGUUGGAGUACGUGGAUAGCUUUCCCUCACGGAGCGCUGAAAAGGAAGAAGAGAGGAAACAUCCUCCAACUUGUGGAGCCGACAAGCAGCAAUCCGACCAGGAGAACCCCCUGCUCAGGUUCAUGUCCAAGAGGAGACUCCUGCUGCUGUCCGCUCCAGCUGAGGAUGACUAUUCUCUCCAACAGCAGCUCUCUGCUCUCAAUGGGCAGCAAUGUCACCUUGGUAUUCGCCACUUUGCCGUGUUGAAGCUGAUCGGGGUUGGAGACAAAUCCUCGGGGACGCUAGAGCUCUUCCCCCUCAACGGUCGUAGUCAGAGCCAGGUGGAGCCCUUAGCCCGCCACGCCGUCGCCAACCUGCGGGAUCAGCUGAAGAUCAGCAAGGACUACUUCAGCAUGUUGGUGGUGGGCAAGGACGGAGACGUCAAGGCGUGGUUCCCGUCCCCCAUGUGGUCCUUGGACAACAUCUACGACCUGGUGGACUCCAUGGAGCGCCGACUGCAGGAGGAAAAGCUGCAGAAGCUGCUCGGGAUUCACUGCCCGGAGGAGUCGGGAAGAGGAGGAGGAGGCGGCGAGGGGGAGCGUUACCAUGGAUACGAUGAGGAUGUAGCCUAA